UUUCCACUAGUCUUUUUGUGAAGCUGUCAAAUUCGGAAUCUUCCUCUGACAUAGCAAAACCCCUUUGUGCUUCAUCAUCACCAUCCACUUAAAAUAGUCCCCUUUUUCGAACUUUUCUUGGUUCACUUGCUAGCCCAUAGCUUCGAAUUCCCUUUGAAUUUUUGCAAGUUUUUUCAAGAAUUUCAACUGGGCUUAUUCAAGAAUACCUUUUUGGUUGAUGACACAUAAUGCAGCUAUAUCAUCAUCCGUACUCUUUGGAUAGCCAGAAGGUGAGGCUUGCUUUGGAAGAAAAGGGAGUUGAUUACACAUCUCAUCGUGUCAAUCCUAUCACAGGCAAGAACAUGGACUCUUUUUUCUUCCGGUUGAAUCCAAGUGCUAACCUUCCUGUCUUUCAGAAUGGUGCGCAUAUAAUCUUUGACACCGUUGAGAUUAUCAAGUAUAUAGAAAGAAUUGCCUUGGUUUCCUCUCGUGGAGACAAUGCCGCACUCAGCAGCCAAGAGGUCAUUGAAUGGAUGAAUAAAAUCCAAGCAUGGGAUCCGAAGUAUUUUACCCUGUUCCACAUUCCUGUGAAGUAUCGCGUGUUUGUUUCCAAAUUCCUGAGGCGUGUAAUAAUUGCUCGAAUGACUGAAUCUCCUGAUCUGGCUAGUGCAUACCAUCGCAAGCUUCGAGAGGCAUAUGAAACAGAAGAGAAGUUGAGAAAUGUUGAAGUGCUGAGGCGCAGUGAGGAACACCUGGUGAGGCUUCUUGAUGAAGUGGAAACUAAGCUAGGGGAGACAUCUUAUCUUCUGGGCGAAGAGUUCACAUUGGCAGAUGUGAUGCUCAUCCCUGUCCUCGCUCGAUUGGUGCUAUUGAAUUUGGAAGAGAGUUACAUCAGUUGCAGGCCUAAUAUAGCUGAGUAUUGGAAUAUGGUGAAGCAGAGACCUAGUUACAAGAAGGUGAUUGGAAGAUACUUCAAUGGAUGGAGGCAACAAAUUACAUUGAUGAGAACCUGGUGCUUUCUACAGAUUAGAAGUAUGCUGCGAAGAUAUUAGUCCAAAACUGUAACCCAUUGUAAAAACCAUAACACAACUUGCAGGCUGCCAUAUAAAACCGUCGGUCUCUAAGCUGUUUUUGUCAGUUCUUUUUAAGUUAAAGGCAUUCACCAAUAAUUAUUUAACACACUUGUAAUUUAUGAAUGUUUUUCUCUGCUGUCCGAAUUUUAUGCAGUCAUGCGAUGCAGCCUUCUUUUUCCUUCUA